CGAGAUCUCGGGCGCUUUCUUUUCCGGUUUCUCCUGUGUGGCGCUCCGGAGCUCGGCUGCCUCGGCUCGUCUCUGGGUCUUUUCUUGCAGGUUUUUCUUUUCUCUUCCAGCGAUUCUUCUCCUGGCCGGGGGUAAUCCCUCUCGCCAGUGUCAUUAGUGUUCUGCCAACAUUUUUCUUCAGUCCAUAGUUUACAAUCAGUGCAUGUCAGCUAUGCCUAACUCAGCGCACGGUGGGCAGGGCCCUGCAGAGGAGGAUAUUGAAUUAACCCCUUCGGGGGAGGAUUGUCAAGUUAUGGCCCCUAGUGAUCAAUCCCUGGCCUUUCAGGCCUCAUUAUCCAACGCCAUUGCAGCAGCUAUGGAGUCAAUGACUUCGGUCAUUUCUCAGUCUAUUGCCCAGGCCCUAGCUGCCCAUCCAGCUGCCUCACAAACCCCGCAGCCCGCUAUGGUUUCUAAACCGGCCGGGCCAGGGCCAUCUGCCUCCAGAAAACGUAUUAAUGGUGAUGAUGUUCCCACCAAUGUUGGCGCGCUAGGUCCGCGCAAAAGAGCCUGUAUGCGUCAGGCAGAACGUACGCACAAUUGGAAAUGUGCUAGAGCACAGCAGGAUGUGGGUUCUGACUCUGAGGUCGGAUCCGAUGAGGAGGCUGUUGAGGACGCCUUUGAGGAGGCAGAGGAGGACCCCUCCGGGGUCAUGGAUCAUAACCCCCUGCCCGGGUGUAGUUCCCUAAUGUCAGCUGCAGAGGUCAUUCCUGCAUCUUUAACGGAUCCCUCUGGGGAACCCUUGUUUGACCCGGAUUCACUCCACCAUCCUCGUUCAUCCGCGGAGUGGUUACCAUUAGAGCAUGUUUCCAAAUAUCUGGAGGCUCGCGUGCGCUGCCCUCUUUCCAAAGAGGCACGCAAUAAGCUUAGGGCGGAAUGCCCCAGACCCGUCAUCCCCAAUAAGGUGUGCGAGACUCCAUCUGUGGACCCCAAAAUGACGCAGUUCCUCACAAAAUCUGGUUGGAACCCGCGUAGGGGUCUGGAGUCAGCUUUACGCUCUUGUCAAGACAAACUCCUCGACAUUUUCGGCCCUCUAGCGAAGUUGCUUGACCUUGCGGAAGUGGCAAAGGCCGAGAACAGGCAGGUAGAUCCUGUGGAGGUGCGCGAAUGGGUGCAACGCGCUAUUUGUAUAGCGGGCAACGCUAAUACGUCCCUAGCUAUUGAAAGGCGUAAAGCUAUUCUAUUCAAAAUAGAACCAAAAUUAUCCAACCUGGCGCUUACUGAGGCUGGGAAAGAAGCCCAGGGCCUGUUAUUUGGCGAGUCCUUCAUCAAGGACCUAGGGCGUUUCACUGCCCUGGAUAAAGCCCAAAGCUCUAUGAAAAGGGUUUUCCACGGUAGGGUUUCUACCAGGGCCGGCAGUUUUAGGGGCCGUCUGUCCGGCCGUGCCCAGUUUCAAUCCCGUGGUUCGGGUCGAGGCUCCUUCUCCCAGAGAUCUGCCUUUCAGGAACACAGGCGUGAACCAACAUCUUUUUUUUUUCCCCUUCCCGGGGAAGUUCCUGGCGAUCAAGAGGAUACAGAGGAAAUCCUAAUUCCAGACGUCCCUACGGUUGAGACCGGCCUGGUGUGCUGUCUUCAUUUGUCUACGUCGUGGUUCGAAGGGUCGGCAGUUCAGUUCCAGCCAAUCGAUUGAUGUGGACAGGACAAGGAGCAUCCGUCAGCGUUUGAUUCCAGUUGUUCCUGGUUCGUUUCCGGAUGGAAGUCGUUUUUUUUCCCAUGAUGUUCUGGGACUCUUGGUUUUGAAGGUUUUGCAGGCGGAGUUGCCUGUUAUACUGGGACUAUGGGGAGGGGCUGAUCACAUGUUUAAUUUUUUCUUUGCUGCUAUUGGUCAGAGUAAAGAAGGAGAA